AUGGCUGCGAUGAUCGGUGGCACAGUUCUUGAGGUUGUGGGUUAUGUCGGACGUAUCAUGAUGAUUCAGGAUAUCUUCGAGCAGAACAACUUUAUUAUAUACCUCGUGGGCCUGACGAUUGGCCCCGCCUUCUAUGGAGCAGCUAUAUACCUCAGUUUGUCCCGGAUCAUCACAAUCUAUGGCCAAGGUCUCUGCUGGCUGAAGCCCAAAACGGUCACAAUCACCUGGAUUGCAUUCGACACCGUCUCGCUCUUGCUGCAAUCUGCCGGUGGUGCCAUAUCCUCGAUGGCCGAUACCAAAAGCCAGAGCGAUAUGGGUCUGAACAUCAUGAUUGCAGGUCUGGCAACUCAGGUCGCUGCUACUGUGGCCUUUGUCGCCGUUUGCCUCCAGCUGUGGCUGGCCGUUCGUCGCCAUCCUCAAAAGUUGAGUGUCGAAUAUGCCGUCUUCCGCAACAGUCGCAAGUUCAAGUUGUACUUGGCUGUCCUUGCUAUUGCCGUCGUAGCUAUUUUAAUUCGAUGCAUAUAUCGUCUGCUUGAGUUGAUGGGAGGCUACGAUAGCGAUUUGGCUAAUCACGAGCUCACCUUCGUCAUUUUUGACUCCGUCAUGAUGGUUAUCGUGACAGGAGCCCUCACGAUUGGGCAUCCCGGGAUUUUAUUGGGAGAAUACUGGAAUCGUGCCACGUUCUCUUUUCGAAGCAAGAAAACGAACGCGAUGGAACCGAUGAGAAAAGUCUACGAUGAUAGUAGCCGAGGAAGCUCUCAGGUCAAUCUUCAUCAGCAAGAAGCCACCCCACUCCAGUCUUUCACUGCAUACCAUCCAGGGUAUGAGCGCGUGUCCAAUGCAUAA